CUUCCCUGCUUCCAUCCUUUCCUUUGUUUGCCAGUUCCCUGUGGGCUGUGUCGACCAUGGCGCCUCACUCCCAACCAGUCAGAUCUGACAACAAAGAACACUAUUUGGCCCAAGCAGAGAGCUUGGAUGUCUCCCAGCUUCAACAGAAGUGGUACAGUGACGGCACUCAGUGUCACGGGCUCGGAAUAGUAGAUAAUAACGAACUGAAUUCCUAUCUAGACUAUUGUAGCCAUCAACGAGAAUAUCGAAUCUGGAGAGAAAAGAAGAAAAGGAAUCUAUCUACGGGAAAAAAAGGGUUUUUAUCCAUGACCUCUGUGACCGCGCUAAGUGCUUUCUUUCUUUGUUUGCUUGCAUGGUGGCGUUUUGUUGAUACCGGCCACUGAAGCAGCGUUGAGCCGUUGAGCCGUCACAGUGAGUUGGUUUCAAGCUAGUCUCAAACUCAUUGAGAAUGUAG